GAAGCCGCCACGCUUUGUCUGAUUGUGCGGAUUAAUAAGAAAAUUUCAAUUAGUUUUCGUGUACACACCAAGUCGUUUGGAGCUAUGUCGCCAGAAGAGCUAAAUAAGGAAUAUUCCCCAAGUCAUUGGACGAAGAGGUUUCAAACGGGCGAGGAAGUCCUAAGGCAUCACGUGAAAGUAGUGAAAGAAGAAACGGAACGCAACCUGGAAAAGUACAAUUGCAAGAGGAAUAUUCGAUAUGGGGACCGAGAAAUGGAGCAAAUGGAUAUUUACUACAACACUGAGGAAGGAAGUCCUAUUGUAGUCUACAUCCAUGGAGGAUAUUGGCAGGAACUCACCAAGAAUCAAUCUGCAUAUUGUGUGUCACCACUUAUAGAAAAUGGGUACCGAGUAAUCAUACUCGACUAUGACCUCUGUCCAAAUGUGAAGCUUGAAGAAAUUGUGCAGCAAAUUCGAAAGGCUAUGAAGUUCGUGUUCGAUUACGCAGGAAGCAGUGAUGCUCAAAGCGUUACAAUUGUAGGACAUUCAGCAGGAGCUCACCUUGCGGCAUCCGUAUUGCAAGAGGAAUAUACUCAAGACAUCCCCAACCUAGACAAACUCGUUUCAGUCUUCCUGAUUUCCGGAGUUUAUGAUUUGACCGAUUUGCGAAGGACGACAGUUAACCGCAACAACAUGCUCUCAUUGGACCACACGAAUGUGAUCAAUUGUUCGCCCAUAUUUCAUUGUUACAAACAUCUAAAACGGUUCAAGAUCAAAUUUUAUGUCUACGUGGCGGAGAAUGAUAGUCCAACUUUCAUAAAACAAUCGGAAAAUUUUCAUCAGCAUCUUCUAUGCAACAAUCUUCAUUCAAAAUUACGAAUAGUUCCUGUCUGCGAUCAUUUUGAUAUUGUCGAGAACUUGGCCCAGAGCGACUUUGAGAUAACAAGAAAAAUUGUCAAGCAAGUAAAAUCCAAUGGAGUUCAGUCCCUGUAAUAGUAUUAAGAAAAAUAAUUAAAAAUAAAUUUGUAAAGUUGUUCAUCCUACAGAAGUACAA